AUGGAACGCUGGGCGCGUAGCGUGGCUUUUGUGACUGGAGCAAGUGCCGGAAUAGGGAAAUCGAUCGUUGAAAAACUAGUCGAGGCGGAUAUUAAGGUCGUAGGCCUGGCCAGACGCAAAGAAAAAUUGGAUGAAAUCGCGACGAAUUUGUCGUCGAAAAAAGGAAAAUUCUAUCCAUACGUUGGAGAUGUUUCCAAAGAGGAAGACCUGCUGUCGGCUUUCAAAUGGACGAAACAACACGUUGGUCCUGUAAGCCUGCUGAUUAAUAACGCCGGUGUGGCUCCAAUAACCUCGGCGACAGAAUUUUCUACAAAGGAUUGGGCAUCCGCAUUAAACAUUAACGUGCUGGCUACAGCCAUCGCGACCAGAGAGGCGCUCAAGCAAAUGAAAGAGAACAACAUCGACGGCCACAUUAUCAAUAUCAACAGUGUCGCAGGACACAGAGUCAGCGAAAACCUUCCCGGGGGGCACGUGUAUCAAGCCAGCAAACACGCACUCAAAGCGAUUACAGAGAGUUUACGUUUCGAACUUAUUAGGAACCGUUCGAAGGUCAGAGUCACUGGGAUUCAUCCUGGAACUGUCAAAACCGAUAUGUACUACAUUAGCAAAGAGAAAUUCAAUAAUGCAAAUCACAAAGGUUUGAAUAUACCAACUUUAGAAUCGGAUGACGUAGUUCAGGCCAUUUUGUAUGCUUUGUCGGUUCCCCAGCGAGUACAAAUUAAUGAGCUAACAAUACAAGCAUUGUUUUAAAUUUAUUAUGAAUAAUUUUCCAAUAAAGCAAUGUAUGCCAACAAAUAUUUAUCAUCUUCUCCAUAUAAUACGAAAUAAUAUAAAAUAAUAUAAUAAAGUAGAUACCAAUUCAUACUAUUUUGAAACUCACCAAAAAUUAUAGGUAAUAUAAAUAUG